ACACUCACUGCGUAAUGACUUGGCCGGACAGAACGCCACACAAAUGCAGUGACUGUGACUGAUACGGCACACGGGUAUGUUGUUGCGACAUACACGUUCAUGAUUGCGUCUACAUUCCCCAUUGUGAGGGCAGUGGACCAAGACUCCGGGUACACUGUGCUGGAAAACAGAUGUAUCCGGGGUAGACAUACUCGUACUGGGAGCAUGGAGCCGAGGCAGGAUGAUGCCAAUCCCAUCAUAAAUGAAGCGCUGGCAUCCUCUGGGAAAGGGGAGAAGUAUCUAUGGACAAAGAGAGCUACAAGACUCAACCCGGAAUACAAGAACUACACGAGAGGAAGUGCCUACGAAACAGACACCACUCGCUCCUCCACCCGUCCACUGAAACAUCCCUUUCUUCUGGAACAUAAACGUCUCCUGGUUGUUGCAGUAGUUGUCGUCGUCAUCGUUGUCGUUGGAGCGGCAUGCGCAGUUGUAGGUGGUGUCCUAGCUAGCAACAAGACAGCGCCACAAGCUUCAUCAACCAGACCAGCAACACAUCCAGAAACAUCCAGUAAACCUGGUAUACCAACUGAUUUAACAUCGAAAACACAACCAUCGUCAACAACAUUCAUUUCAACAGAACCAUCAACUUCAUCUUUGUCGCAAACAAGAACUUCUCCAUCGGUACCAUCGUCAUCUUCAUCGCCAACAACAGUGUCUACUACUACAACAACAUCACCAUCUACAGUUUCGUCUUCACCACAAUCAACGAUUUCUCCAUCAACAUCAACAACUUCCUCACAAACAACAACUUCACCUGCUUCAUCAACAACGUUUCCAUCAUCAACAUCGACUUCAACACCAUCAACGUUAACAAGCCAGUCAACUACCACAGCAACCCUUCCCGAAACGACGAUAACCACGUCGACGGUGACGACUACAACUACGUCCCUUCCAUAUUUGACAAUGCCAGAUAUAACCUUUAAUGAGGGCGAGGAUGACUUGUAUCUCCUUUGUACAAUAUCUGAUGACUCCAAAAUUAUUAAUGUCCUAUUUUUCAAAGAUGGGGUUCAACUUAAAGACGACGUCAGCAUUGACGUCAAUGGGAGAGAAUGCUCCCUGACAAAGAAAGGAGCCACGUGUUCGGACUCGGGACAAUAUGAGUGUCGAGUAAGUGGUGAGUUUGGAACUGUCAAGACUACAUCCACGGUUAAAGUACUUGUUCAACCCAGUAAGCCAACUCUAAAAAUUACAAAAGAAAAACUGAUCGAGGACGCGUGGCAGGCAACAUUGUCCUGUGAGAGAACACUUGGGCAACCAGCGACCUCCCUCCGCUGGAGAGUGCUGUUCAACACUGGCGUGAUCAGGGAAAACAUUUUCAGCGCUCAGUCAAACAUUACGACUCAAGAGGGAUGUUCAUCGUCUGUGAUAUCCGAAGUCACACAACGUUUUACGCGGCCUUGGGAUGGUGCCGAGAUAUGCUGUUACUUGACAGAUGCCGGAGGGAUGACACUGAACCUGGAAGGCUGCGCUGUAUUUACCUUCAAAACAGACGUGUCUCCCUGUGACUGUACGGCUGACCGUGUGGCAGUCCCCAGACCCACCACAUACCCCGACAACUGUAACCUGUACUACACGUGUAGUGGAGGUGUCAAACAGGACGCCACGUGUACCGGAAGUGACUUCACUGCCGACCCCAGCAAGCAGGCGUGUACCGCCAAUCCAGAUGACAGCUAUUGUGCCAAGGUCAAAGCAAAUGAAAUCAAAGUGUGCACGACAACGGGCAAGUGACGUGGAUAAUUUACUCUCCAGUUUAGUCAGCCUUGGCUGUGAAGAUAUCUGUGAUGUUAACGGUGUACAGAUCUCCUCCAUGCCUCGUCAUGGGCCAAACACAAGCAGAAUGUGCGGGGUGGGGUGAGGGAUGUGUCAUGAAUGAGCUCUGUUGUUCGUUGCUGUUAGCAGUAUUUCCGUUAUGUCACCGCUUUGAGUGUGAGGAAAACCCGAACUGAUGCAACGGUUGGACAUUUAUCGCCAAGAAACAUCAUCAGGGCGAAACUGGGAUUCCAUCUCAUCAUCAGGCGAUUCUGGCACGACUAAGAGACAUGUUAAUAUGAUAUGUUCAUUUGAAGUAUAUUUUCUUUGUUUUUGCUACAAUGACAUGUAUUAUGUCGGGUUAAACAUGUCUCAGUUAAUCUUGUCAUAGUUGUGAUAAUUAUAUGUAUUGUGAUGUUGUCAUAUCAAACAUUAUUUAAGCCAAGAGUUUAACUGAUCAGCCAACUCACCGUUAAGCCAUGUUGUUGCGUUGUAACGGUUCUCUAAGGUGUGGAAUUCCAGUUGUUAUGUUGUAGCUGUAUAUUAACUUAAACUUGAGAUAUAUUGUCA